GCAGUGGGGCAUCAGUGUCUCAAUCGAAUCCCAAAGACAACAAUCAACCACCAAAAAUCAAGAUGAAGUUCUUCCAAGCCGCCGCCCUUCUCCUGGCCAUGUUCGCUGCCCUCGCCAACGCCGAGCCCGUUCCUGAACCUGGAACUGUGCUCAUCCAGACCGGCGACACCCAGUACAUUCGCACUGGUUAGAAACCAAGCAGAACUUAAACUCUAUGUGCCAACCACUUGGAUUUUUAAAUAAAAAAAAUUAAAUGUA